AUGCCAUCAUCUAGCACCACAAAAACCCUCCAAACGCUCACCCUCCCCGGCGCCAAGAUCGCGCUAGCAGCGGCGGAAGCCAAAGCCAAAGCCAUGAACCUCGACAUGAACAUCGCCAUCGUAGACGCGUCGACACAUCUACUGGCUUUUAGUAGGAUGGAGAAUGCAAAGAUUACUAGUAUAGGGAUUGCUAUGGAUAAGGCGUUUACGGCAGCUGGGCAUCGGGUGGGGACACAUACUUAUAAGGAGGCUGUUUGGCCUGGAGGACCUGCAUAUGGCCUGGGGAAUACGAAUGGAGGCCGCUUUACUACGUUUGGAGGUGGGCUACCUAUUUUGAAUGAGAGAGGGGAGGUUGUGGGGGGUAUUGGGGCGAGUACUGGAACGCCGGCGCAAGAUCAGGAGGUUGUUACUGCGGGGAAGGAGGCCAUUGAGAGGGUUUUGAGGGAGGAGAGUGGGAAUGGGACGAUAAAGGCUAAGUUGUAG